AAGUCGCAGCCCACCAGCAGUUACUCCUUCAUGGUUCCGGGCCCUCCUAGACUUCAACUCGAAGCUCAAGGUACUUUUUGCUCCCAUCAUGGCAUUAUAGGAAUUGGAACAAGCCGACCGAAAAAAUCACAGCGAUUUAUAGGAAGCUGUGAUUUUGGCCUGGUCGUAGAGUAUACUAGAGCGGACGUUAAACUCUUCAAGUCCUUGUGCUCGCGAUGGAGAACACAGAAGCCCUGUCUGAAGACCCCGUAGCCGCCAUUCCUGCCUUCUUGGCGCCAUUUGAUCAUGAAACAGCGGAUUUAAUUUGCCGUUCAAGCGACCUUAUCGAUUUCCGCGCUCACAGUUGCCUGCUUUCACUCGCUUCAUCCGCCCUCAAGGGCAUGAUCAUGCUUCCACAAGGGGCGGCCACGGAUACUCCUGACCCCACCUCACAUGAUCCGCCACAAGAAUUCAAAGAUGGCCUUCCCGUCGUUCCAUUUUACGAGGAGGACUGGAAGAAUUUAUCCUUCCUUCUCCAUUCCUGCCAUAGGUUCGACGAAGACAACCUACCUCCCAUCGGUAUCGACGAGCUCGAAGACAUUUGCAGAGUACACAACAAGUACGACGUCACCGAAUUCUCUCGCGCCGUGAUGAGGACUUGCCUCGCCGCAGCUAAGGACGACCCGGUCGCAGCGUUUGCGCUCGCCAGCGCACACCAUAUCGAUAGUUUCCGGGAUGAAGUCGCCAAGUUGACCCUCGAGAAACCCCUCAUGCCAUUCUCAACCGCCCCAGAGCUCACAUUCAUCUCGGGUCUACAGUACGCUCGGCUCCUGCAGUACCAUCUCACCUGCCAGGACGUCGCCAGCAAACUAGCCACUCAAGACUGGCGCUGGAUCGAGUCCGUUGCCGACGUCCCGCUCGGCGACACCACCCCAGCGUGUUACACAUGCCGCGUGAGAGUCAACCUCAAUGGCUCUUCGAUACAGAGAGGCUUCGCUGUCGAUACAUCCACGGCGGCCCACACAGGGUACUUUUACGCGCCCACAUGGUGGCAGAACUUCAUGCACCAGACGGCAGCACCGGCUCUGAAGGAGAGGCCGUGUGGAAAUACCCUGCGAGACCGAGCGUUGUUAGAGCCGGUGUUGCGGGAGGCUGUUGCUUGCCAGACGUUGGCCUGUAGGACUGGAGUUCGGGCGAUGUUGGAUUUUUGCGAGCGGUUCGCUGUUGCUGUGGAUGAUGCUAUCUCGCAGGUGGAAUCUCCUUACUGAUGGCCGCCAGGCUUGAUAUGAACGUGAAGGACAUUUUUUUGAAAUUUGAACAUGUCUCGAUGCUGUCGUUGCUUUCUGAGUUUUGUGUGCUUUGUUGUUUUCUUGCUUUCUCUUCCUGCUGAAGUGUUCACGUAUCUCCUGUCGCUUUCGUUGCUUGCUAUUGUUCAUGAAUCGCCCAAAUAUCUGUUUUUUGAACUCGUC